AUGGCUUUUCAAAUGGCGCCCGCGACGCCGCAGCGACCUACCCCCGGCGCUUUUGUCAACACGCCGGCUCCAAACCGACCUGGCUUUGCACGGAGAGGCUCCAUGUCGCAACCACAGUCGCAGCAACAGCAGCAACAGCAAGUGCUGCCUGCACCCCCAGCAGAGAGUCCCAUCGAUCGCGCAUCGCGGACUAUAAACAGCAUGCUGGACAGAGACAACAGAUUCCCAGCCCUCGAGGCAUACAUCGGACAGGGUAUCUCUGGUGAAUAUGAGAUACCGAGUGGUCCGGCAUGGGCGCCUUUUCAAAAACUGCGGUCGUAUAAGCUCCCCGAGGCCGUCUUCGAGCAGGUGGACCAUACGCAAAUGUCGACAAGCAUGGGCCUGUUCGCCGAGAUCAACCACGCCUGGGUUGUAGUUGACAACCAGGUCUAUCUUUGGGACUACACGCACCCGAACCCCGAGCUCGUUGGCUUUGAAGAGCAACCCAGCAACAUUACCUGUGUGAAGCUGGUCAAGCCGCGUGCCGGUGUCUUCGUGCCCUCCAUCGAGUACCUCCUUGUCGUCGCAACCGUGUCGGACAUUUUCCUGAUUGCUGUAGAGUGUCAACGGGGGUCCGAGGGAGUGCACGGUAUCACAAUGUACCGGACAGGAUUGUCCACGUCAGUCAGGAAGAUCAAUGUGACCGCAAUCGCUGGUUCAGAUACGACAGGGCGCAUCUUCUUUGGUGAUGGACAAACAGAGGAUGUAUACGAGCUCAACUACCAACAAGAGGACAAGUGGUUCUCCAGCAAAUGCAGCAAGACUAACCAUGUUACCACUUCUAUCGGCCUACCGGCACUGCCCUUCUACGGGACGACGCGACAAGCUGGUAUCCAGCAGAUGGCCAUUGACGACACCCGGAACGUCCUCUACACGCUCUCCACCAACGGAACCAUCAAGGUCUACUACAUGCGUGCGCCAAACGUUUUGGAGAGCGCAUUGACUCGAACACGCACACAGAUUGAGACCAUGUGUGGGCACAUUGUACGACCGACGGGCGUGCUGGACAAGAUGCAGAUUGUCAGUCUGAGUCCCAUUUCUAGCACAGAGGCGGACAAUCUCUCUCUAAUAGCAAUCACUUCGUCAGGCUGUAGAUUGUACCUGAGCACAACGUCUGGAGGUCAAUGGAGCGCAAACAACACAAGUGCGCCAAGUAGCAUGCAAUUACGACACAUUCGGUUCCCGCCAAACGACGGCCAGCCCUCGGCCCAGAGCAAUUCGACCCAAGUACAGCCAUACCAAGGAGGCACAACAGUCGGUUUUGAAUCGAGGUGGUUGAGAGAAACUAAACUUGGAAUUAGAUACCCUCCUGGUGCUUUCUUCUCUUUCGUCCUUAGGUCGCCAAACGACCCGAAUCAUCACAUGUUUGUUUCCGCGCCCCACUCCGGACUAUUGGGUCAAAGGGAAAGCUCAGAACCUCCGCGAUACACCGAAACUGGCCUGUUCACAGAACUCGUAGGAAGAGUGCAAGACAUCGGCCUGGCAUCUGAACCAUUCUCAGCAAGGAACGAACCUCUCGGCUUUGGCAAUGAGCUCGCCACCCAAUUUGACAAGCCGCUGUGCGAAUACGCCAUCAUCACAUCGAACGGCAUCGAAACUGUUCGACGCAGAAGACUGGUGGAUAUUUUUGCUUCCAUUGUAAAGAGUGGAGGCCCCGAGGGUGCCGAAGCUGAUAUUCGUAAGCUCGCAAAGCAAUAUGGUCUGGCUGAAACUUCAGCUACAGCUUUGGCUGUUGCUUGCGGUCAAGGGUCAGAUGUUGGACCAGAUUCAAGGAUUGCCAAAGUCACGGAUCCCGAAGUGCUUGAUUUUGCUCGUAGGGUGUUCAUUGAGUUUGGCGGCAAGGCGCAUCUUACAGAGAGUGCUACUGUAGAAGGCCUGAGCGUAGAGAACGUCCGCGCAUCACCACGACACGAUGGUAUCGCCAUGUAUGUUGCGCGCAUUGUUCGAUCAAUCUGGAACAGUCCCAUCAUCACAGAGACCGUCACUCCAACUGGGCCGGCUCUUACCUCGACUCACAAGAUCACCAAGUUGCAGGAGGUACAGCGUUGUUUGGCCCAACUUCAGGAAUUCUUGGAAUCUAACAAGUCAUUCAUUGAAGGACUGGCCGGCCCAGAGGCUUUGGGGCGUGCAACAUCGCGGCAAGAAGAGGUUGAGCUCCAGGGCGAGAACAGAGCACUCACUAGCUUGUUGCAAAUGGUCAACAACAUUGUCGAAGGCAUCUCUUUUGUUCUAGUGCUCUUCGAGGAGCGUUUGGAGGACAUUCUGGCCCUGCUAGCAGACCCCCAGCUCCAAGCAAGAGUUCGUCAACUCACCUUCCAGGGUCUCUUCUCCGUCAAAGAGGGCAGGGAAAUUGCCAGGGAGUUGGUCAAGGCUAUUGUUAACCGCAACAUUACUAAGGGUUCAAAUGUCGAGUCAGUUGCUGAGGCCCUCCGGAGGAAGUGUGGCAGCUUUUGUAGUUCGGAUGAUGUGGUCAUCUUCAAGGCUCAGGAGAGCUUGAAGAAGGCAGCUGACAUGGGCGCAAAUGCUGAGCGUGGACGUAUCUUGCUCAAUGAUAGCUUGAGAUUGUUCGAACAAGUGGCGAAGAGCCUGAGCUAUGAGAAUUUGGCUGCCACUGUUGAUCAGUACAUCCAGCUUGAGUUCUAUGCUGGUGCCAUCAGACUUGCCCUCAAAGUCGCUCAAGAGUGGGACCGAGGUAACAAAGCCCUAUCUUGGGUGCGGGACUCCCGUGACCAUGUCAGCGAUGCAAGCGAUCCACGACGUCACUUUUAUGAACAGCGCGCUUCUUGUUACACCCUCGUUUGCAAUGUGAUCGAGGCUGUCGACCAUGCCUUCAACACCCAAGGGCCUGUGCCUGAUGGUGUUAUUUCCCAGGUCACUCGUCGCAAACAUGAAGCGUACGAGCAAAUCAACAACUCAGACGACGAAGUCUUCCAAAAUUACCUGUACGACUGGUACAUGCAGAACGGAUGGGCCGAGCGAUUGCUGGAGAUCAACUCUCCGUUCGUAGUCGAAUAUCUGCGCCAGAGCUCUGACACGAACCUAGCUCACGCGGAUCUGCUGUGGCGCUACUACGCUCAUUACAACGACUACCUAAGUGCGGCGGAGACACAGUUCCAGCUUGCGAAGAGUACCCUACCUCUAACACUAGAAAAGAGGAUAGAAUACCUGUCGCGGGCCAAGGCGAAUGCUUCAACGCGUAUGACUGGGUUUUCGGAAACAGGAGUACGCAAUCGCCAGACCAGGCAAGAAUUGCUGCGAAACAUUAGCGAUCAUCUUGAUAUUGCCAACAUCCAAGACGAUGUGUUGCAGCGUAUCAAGGGCGAUGAGCGACUUGUUGGAAAGCGGAGGGAAGACGUCAUUGAGCAUCUUAAUGGCCAGAUCCAUCCUCUUGACGAGCUCUACCAUGAUUACGCCGACCAAGCAGGUUACUACGAUAUCUGCCUCCUCAUUUACCAUGCCGCCGAUUACCGUAGCGUACCGGACAUUCGCUCAACGUGGACCAACCUGAUUGAUCAAACCCACCGGAACGCUGUUGCCGACCGCCAGGCCGCGCCCUGGGAGGUUGUCGCACUGAAAGUCCAGGAUCUUGGCCACCGCACCAACCUCAACGACAACGUGUUCCCUGUGAAUAUUGUUUUGCAGCUAGUCCUGCAGUAUGACUUGGAGUUCUAUGUCCAUGACGCCAACGCGCCCAACGCUCAGAACCUGGCACUGAAUGCUAACCUUACGUGGCCAAUUGACGUUUUCCUCAAGCUGAACGCACCGUUUGAGAGCCUGGUCGCUACGCUCGAGGCACUAUGGUACGCGCAGGAACCGCCAUUCGCAGGCCGCAACCGCAAAUUGCUCGUCAAGUGGAUCAUUUACCUCGUCGAGCAGUGGGCCACCGUCAGCCGGCGAACAGGCGCGCUAUUCGGUGGACCUGAGAACGCAAUUGGAUUGGCCGAUGUUAUGCGCAUCAUCCUGGGCAGCGAUGUUCUUGGACGAGAUAUGGAUGAUCAGUCAUGGAUUCAGAGGGCGCGCGACAUCAACGCUGUUGUCGAGGAAGCUGCUCGCUAA